AUGGCCUGCUUCAGUGCCCUACUCUGCACAUAUGCGCAUGCGUUCUUUACCGUUCAAGAAUGUGCCAGCUAUCCAGCAUUGGUUACUGAUGCCGAUUAUGUGAGGUUUGCCGAAGGUUGUGCUGGAAAAGAAGUCCUCGGAUUCAAGGUUCAACAAGAAUUCCACGCAAUCAGGCUCACUGAACCUCUGUUCAAUGGACUCUUCGCAAAUGCUCGCAGAAUCAACUUCCACAUUUAUGUCCAGAACACAGAGUUUAGGCAUAUAGAACUACCCAGCGUGGAAUAUAUUCCAGGUGGGCUGGCACAACUAUCUCAUCCAAAACUUUCCUACGACUAA